AUGGCAAGGAACACCAACAAGAAGAACCCUUCAUCACUUAUUAAUCAAUGUAUAAAGAAAGUAAUAGAUAAUCUUGGUUAUCUUGGGGAUGUAGGAGAUACUGAAAUACUUCUUUUAGAUCCAAUCCUAUCUCAAUGUACAAUCCAACAGUUGAUCCACAUUGAGGAAUCAACCAAGGGAAGGGAUCUUAGCGAAAUUACCGACGAAGUAUGGAAAAGAUCCUAUCAAACAGAUUUUGGUGUAAUUAGUGCUAGUCUUGUUAUUGAGAGAAUACAUGAGAAUAAUGUAUCUUAUAAGUGGAAAAUAUUGUAUGAGGCAAAGAAGAAAGAUGUGGAAGAUAAGAUGAGGGAUAUGGAGGAUACUCAAAAGACAUGCCUUACAAUAAAGGAAUUCAAGAGACUUGUGAUAGAAUAA